AUGACUUCAACAUAUCCAACUUACAUCUACAAAAUCCUUCCUUCCGAUGCCGAGCCAUCUUCACCUCUUCCUGAAGCCCUACCGGUCUCUGAUCUUGAUAAGAGAGAUGGGUUUGUUCACUGCUCUACGUCGAAACAACUCUUAGGGACUUUAAAUGCAUUCUUCUCUCACGAAUCCCACGUCUACAUUCUCCGCAUCAAGUAUGAGAAAGUAGCUCCAUACAUCAAAUGGGAGAAUGCAGUGGGCAAGCAACCAGAGGAAGUAGGAGGAUGCUGGGAUACGGAGGGAAAGGCGGGCUUCUUUCCUCAUAUCUACAAUGGCUUGAAAGUCGGGAAAGGAGAGGUUCAUGAUGUGGGAGAAUGGAAGAGAAAAAACGAAGGGUGGUCUGGUGAAGGUUGGUGUUGGGGUGAGGUGGAUCGUCCUGUUUAG